CCACCGACCACCUAGAAGAUCGAACAUCUCUGAAUGAGGACAGCCAGGAGAUACCAAAGAACCAAGACCCUGACGGUCCCACCAGGCAAAUCAGGAGCGAGUCUGCUCUGCAGGCAACUCCCUUGAGGAAUGACGACCUCCAAGUUCCUCUUUUGCCUGUGCCCGUCAUGGCUGCUGGGCCUGCUGCCUCCAUGGCCAUGUUCCCUCAUCCCCCGACUUUGUUUCACUGCUGUCCCAACUGCUGCUGUGUCUCAGAAUACGUGCCAGGUGUUGAACGGCCACAGGUGUACCCAGACUAUGCCGACCUCCACAGAUACACGAAGACUUCAGCGUAA